AUGGUCAAUUCAAGAGGGGGGACUUUCACACCUUCACCGGCGCAAACAAUCGUGACAGGAGUUAGUCAUUCACCUCACGGCUCGCAUCACAGUACAUUCAGUGCUGGCGCAAGUCCAUCUACCAACAGUCCAAUCGGUGCAAGCGGAGUCAAUAAGAUUGUCGUCGCUCAGGUUUACCUAUUACUCGGUACAAUUAAAGAAGAUAAAGAUCGCACAAAGUGGGAACAGCAAGCUGAACAGCUCAGAAAGCUGGUUGAUGAGCACGGCAUGGAAGUAUUCUCAAAAUUCUUCAGCCGACUUGUGGUUGGCAACGCACCGCAGAUAUUUCCCGGUAUCAAUCGACCCGUCCUUAAUCCAGCCAACUACCAGAUUCUAGUGAAUGAAGUACACAAGGUAGUCCACGAUGUCGACCAGGCUGGGAGGAUUGCGGAAUCUAUAGAGACAGGGAAUGAAGAUAUCUUCCGUGAUUUUGACCUUUCAACCUUUAUGGAUCAUUUUAAGCUAGACGCGCUCGAGAAGACAAUUCUAGCACUUGCUUUUAAAACUGGAUCAAGAUCAGAUCUCAAAACCAAAGGUUCCGAUGCUAUCCUAUCAGCAAAUUAUCAAGGGUUUGUAGAAGCUCUAUCUCAAGUGAAUCAAGGUCAAGAAAGCCUUACAACCUCUUUCCUUGCCACGAUAGUCGAUCGAUUUAUCCAAGGUCACCCACCGAAUUUCGAUCGUCAAGCACAAAUUCUACUUUUUCGAGCAAUAAACUAUCGUUUCAGCGAUCAACCAGAAGAUAUUCCUGCACCCACAGAGAUUCUCGCGUCGCUUUUCCUAAUGUCGAUAAUCACAGAAGGCAAUAAGUUGAUAUCAUACAUACAGAGGACUGGGGAAGCUUUUACAUCGGAUGAGGAUACAUGUAGAAAUUACAUACGACACGCUGGCGAUAUCAAACUCGACGAAGCACAAGUCGCUGCUGCCUUACUCUACACUGCCAUCAGUCAAACUCCUACAUUCUCUCCGCAUGUAUUGGUUAGCAGUCUUCGCAAGGAAGUUUCUGCAGGAUUCAGUUGGCCCCAAGUUGUACAAAAUUUCGAUACACCAGAUCUAAGGAUAUCACCACAACAAUUCCUAGCAUUGUACGAAGCCGUUCGACCAAUUGCGCUUGAAGACCCUGCCAUUAUCCCACAACUGUUAGGCGGUGCCUGGCAAAAUACUGAAACUCAGCUUUCUUUCAUCAGUGCAUACGCGUCACUAAGCCCGAACGAACUUGAUGCCUCCACCAUUCCGAAACUUAGGCCAUCAUUCACUUUAGAAGACUAUGUCGAUGCUAAGCCAGAAAUUCGAGAACGUGCUGAAUGGGCAGUAAGACAUCCUCUUGUGUCCGUGAUCACAUUGACAUCCGUCUUUAUCGUUGCCCUUAGAGAGCCCCAAUACUCGGAAACAGUGGAAGCCAAACGAUUAUUCCAAAAAGUCGUCGUGCCGAAUCUCGACAUAUUCCUGGUAUCGGCAUUUGGCGUACCGCGACCAUGGCCUGACUUAGCAGUAGAGACAAUCAACAACCUUUUCGAGCGCUUUCUAUUCAAAAUUGACGGCAACUACAAUUUUGUUCUAGCAAGCUUAUGGCGAAAAGAUAAGAGUUGGGUGGCACAACGCUUGAUGGACGCGCAUGUCAAAGUACCUCUCGAGCUUCCUCUUGUGUUGGAUCAUGCGGUAAAGCACGAAUGGCUUCAUGAAUUGGCCUCGAUGCUCAAUGGUUUCGGCCUUGAUCUUGCUGCCUUAGCACAUUCCCGUGGUUUGCUGGAUCUCAAAGACUGGAAGGCCACGAAUUUGCCUCGAGAGGAGGAACUUGGUACGGCUCUGUUGACUUUCCUGAGCAUAAAAGCUCAGCAUGAGCUUGCAUAUCAACGUACCCGAGGAGAGCAUAGUAUCAUGUUACCUGUGAAGACUAUAUUCGCGAUGUUGAACGUCUUGGAAGAAAUUCUACCGAAAGAGCCUUCCGCACAAUUGAUCUCCGUACAGCGAACUUGUAUCACUGCCUACCCUCGUUUAAUCAACUAUGGCCAGGACGACGAGCUGGACCGAAUCAUCGAUAGUAAUGGUUUGGUAACUAACAUGCUUAGUGAAGACGCACAGCACAUGAUGGAACAACAUUAUAAGCAAAUGUAUAGCGCAGAACUCAAGGUUCGGCAGAUUGUUGAUGCUUUAGCUGGUUACAAAUCUGCCCGUGACCCUCACCAACAGGAUGUAUUUGCCUGCAUGAUUCACGGGCUAUUUGACGAAUACAGUCUCUAUUCCACCUAUCCACUGGAGGCUCUGGCAACUACCGCUGUCUUAUUUGGUGGCAUAAUUCAAGAUAAGCUCAUUGCGGACCUCCCUCUUGAGAUUGGUCUAGGCAUGAUUCUUGAAGCAGUCCGAGAUCAUCUUCCAGAGGAAUCUAUGUACAAGUUUGGAUUGCAAGCUUUGUUACAAUUUAUUCCUCGUUUAUCAGAAUGGCCAGGAUUCUGUCAUCAACUAUUGCAAGUAUCCGGCCUCGAAGGCACAGAACCCUGGAAAAAGGCUCAGAAUGUCAUCCACGACCAGCAAGAGGAUAUGUUGCGCAAUGGGCACCACGAGUUAAUGAACGGGGGCGGAAUCACCAAUGGUAACAUCGACGAAAUGCUUGCCGCCGAGCCUGCAGCUCCUCCAUUCAACUCUAUCAAUGUGGAUCCCCUGCAUCCCGAUGUAGACUUCACGGACCCCGACGUUGAUGCACAAGACAAAGUGUUAUUCCUGUUGAAUAACAUCACCGAGCUCAACAUCGAUUCGAAGUUUGUCGAGCUAAAAACUGCCCUUGGCGAGACGAACCAAAAGUGGUUUGCUGGACAUUUGGUUGAGGAACGAGCUAAACUACAACCUAACUACCACGCACUAUAUCUUGGGUUGGUCAAGCUUUUCGAAGACAAGGUUCUGUGGAACCAGUUGCUGAGAGAGACUUAUAUCAGUGUUUCGAAGCUGCUCAAUGCUGAAAGCACUUUGCUGUCUUCAAUAGAGCGCUCGCAUUUGAAGAAUCUUGGUGGUUGGUUGGGCUCUCUGACACUCGCUCGUGACAAGCCCAUCAAACACAGAAACAUUGCUUUCAAACAACUAUUACUCGAGGCUUGCGACACACAACGACUCAUCAUUGUCAUUCCAUUCGUUUGCAAGGUUCUCCUCGAAGGUAGAAACUCGGUUGUCUUCAAACCACCGAAUCCAUGGCUUAUGGAUAUCAUUCAUCUCUUGAUUGAAUUAUACCAUAAUGCGGAGCUCAAGCUGAACCUCAAGUUCGAAAUCGAAGUUCUCUGUAAAGGAUUAAGUCUUGAUCAUAAGAGCAUUAAGCCCUCCACAGAGUUCCAGAGUCGCAUCCCUCCUGUUGAGGAGGCUACCGAGCCAAUGGCAGUACCUGAUGGCCUGGAGAGGUUCGAAAAUCUUUCUGUGAAUGGCCUUGGAGGUGGAAUCGCUAGUGGCAGAUUUUCUCCACAGGAAAUCCUUGCUACCAUGCCUGAUCUCGGACCUCUUCUUACUUACCCACCCAGCAACGACAUGGUCAAUACACGCCAAUUGCAUGAUAUCCUCAAAACCGCCAUUACUCGAGCAGUUCAUGAGAUCAUUUCGCCGGUAGUAGAACGUUCUGUUACUAUCGCUGCUAUCUCGACCGCUCAAAUGAUACACAAGGACUUCGCAACCGAGCCGAAUGAAGCUCGCGUACGCUCUGCAGCUAUCAACAUGGUUAAGAAGACGGCUGGCAGCCUUGCUUUGGUCACUUCUAAAGAGCCACUACGCGCAAGCAUGACAAAUUACAUCAGAACAUUAUCGGUCGAACAUCAGUUGCCCGAAGGAACUAUAAUCAUGUGUGUGAACUCUAACCUCGACUUGGCUUGUAGCCAAGUCGAAAAGAAAGCUGAGGAGCGUGCUGUUCCUGAAAUCGAAGAAAUACUGGAGCCAGAGUUGGAAGCUCGCCGCCUUCAUCAUAUGAGGCGACCAGAUGAUCCAUAUAUCGAUCCACAAUUAAGCCGUUGGGCGUGGACAAUCCCAAGCCCAUAUAAGUUACAGCCAUCACUUUCUGGUCUCAAUCAGGAGCAAAUGGCUAUAUAUGACGAGUUUGCUCGUCAGCCACGACUACUACCGAUAGCUGAUAGAGGCUCGGUAGCAGGCUCCUUAGCCGGCACUACUCAUGUCGCUACGGCUUCAGAUGCAACAAGAUCAAUUACCAAUGAUCUCUUACAGGAUCAAUUUCCAGUUGUUCCAAACCUUCCAACGCCUGCCGAAACUCCUGCGAUGCCACUCGUAAAUAAUCAACAACCUCCUUACAGCCAACCUUCAGCUGCUUUAUCAAAUGGAAGAAUGCCAAAUAUGGGCAUGAACCCCCAGGGAUUGCCAGACAAGGUGCAAAGGCUGUUGACUGACCUACAACAAACCACUGCGGAUAUUCCAGAGCAGCACUAUAUGGAACUUCCUCGACCACAUCCCGUCAUUGAGAUAUUGGAUGCUUUAUACAGUCUAAUUAUAAGGAGCCAGCAAGGACAAGAACCUUAUGACAUCUGGAUUGCAGAGCAAAUCUGUGGAAUAGUGUUUAGUGGCAGUGAAAACACUUUGGUGAUUGAGUGCUUAGUGCACGUACUCGAGAACAUUAUUAGGAUUGGUGGUCGUUGUGCAGUUCGUGUUUCCAUGAUCGUUGGACAGCAGGUUGGAGAAGCACUUCUCCAAGUCCCACUGAUCAUUGCCUUGGUCAAGGCUGAAAUGAUCGAUUGGACACGCGUCGACUUCGCCACCUCUACAGCCUUGGCUGAGCGCAGAAAAGGAACGUUAGAAUUCUUCCUCUCUCUCUUGGAGCAGGUUUUCUUAAAUGAUCGACCAUUGGCAUUGUACACUGAUGUCGCGAAAAGUUUGGAGGUCGCUUUCGAAUGGAUCUCCAAAGAGCCUUCUUUGGAGGUUGGUCAACAGCUCAAAGAAAAGCUCGCAGCUUCUGCCCUCCCAAAAAGUAUCGGUCGCGGUCAAGAUGAUCGUCUUGCAUUUCGUCAAGACCAAAUGGAAUAUGUCUUCGAGGAAUGGAUUCACUUGUUCAGCAACCCCAUUGCUCCGGAAAGAGCAGCCUUGGUUUUUAUUUCCCAUAUGUAUAACAGGCAGCUUAUAAACGACAAGGAGGAUCUGUGCCUGUUCUUACGCCUCUCAAUUGAUACAUCAGUCGAACGCUUUGAACAGCAGAUUCAAAUGCAUGGCUUCUUAAGCGAUGCGUACGUUCCUAUCGAUGCAUUGGCAAAGCUUAUAUCUUUACUGGUAAAAGGCUAUGAGCGUGAAGGCGAAGUGAGAGGCGACAAAGCUGCAUUCCUGGAAUCGGUCUUGUCCGUCAUAACAUUAGUUUUGAAUCAUCAUCAUGUCAUGCGCGGCGAAAAUUUCAACCAGAAGGUCUUUACACGGUUGUUCUCUUCGAUACUGUGUCAUUUGAAUGCCUUCUCAGCCGAAUUAGCUGAAACGGAGAACCACCAGAUUCUUUUGACGUUUGCUGAAAAGCUAAUCAAACUCCAGCCUGCUUAUUUCCCAGGUUUUGUGUACGGAUGGAUGACCCUGAUCUCUCACCGUUUCUUUCUUGUGCCGUUGAUGGGACUUUCAGAUGAUAUGGGGUGGCAACCGUUUGCGAAACUGUUGGAAUAUUUGCUGUCUUACAUGGCCGAGCUACUGAAGCCGUUGCAAUUACCCUUGACGACAAGAGAUAUCUACCAGGGAGUUCUCAAACUCUUCGUUGUAUUGCACCACGAUUAUCCUGACUUCUUAGCCGCACACUCCUCAAAAUUAUGUGCCAACAUACCAAGUCAUUGUGUGCAGUUGUUGAAUCUCAUUCUUGACGCUCACCCAACAAUGCCCAAGAUACCAGAUCCACUACAGCCAGGGUUGAAGAUUGACCGCAUUGAUGAGAUCCGCAUAUCACCAGAGGUUGUCAACGACAUUGAAGGUACCUUACAAUCAACUGGUUUGUUCGAAAUCCUUGAACAAGCUUUACAAAAUGGUCCUUCAGAGGAUGCGGUGGCUCACAUCACACAUACUAUACAACGUAAGCAAGUCGAAGUGACUGGUUCGGGAUUCGUACCUGUCAACGUUGACUUGCAGCUGAUCGAAUCUCUCGUUUUGUACAUCGUUAUGUUUGCGGUGACAAGAGCAAGACAAAAGGGUGGACCAACUUUUGUUCGUAGUUCUACGGAUGCCGCUUUGGUAUCAAUGCUUGUUCACGAACUAAAUGCAGAAGCUCGACACUAUCUAUUGACUAGCAUGGUCAAUCAGGUUCGAUUUCCUAACUCGCACACACAUUAUUUUAUGCAAGCGCUUCUGGAACUAUUUGGAAAUGAUUUCAAUGAUCAGGAAGAGUCGGAUAUCAGUCAACAAAUUCUUCGGGUCUUGUUAGAAAGAGCAUUCAUCUCCCUACCAAUUCCUUGGGGCGUGCUUGUCACAGUCAUCGAACUCGUCAAGAACGAGAAAUACACUUUCUUUGACUUACCGUAUAUCAAGUCGACACCAGAGGUCGCUGAUCGAAUUGCUGGUAUCGUGCAGCGAUCUCUUUCAAGAUAA